AACCAUCUCAGAUAAAAAAUAUAACGAAAUGCAAUUUCCAACUUCCCAGCCUUGACUAUUGUAUCCGUAUCUGAAGUCAUUCAUACUACUGCAAGGUGCCUAAACUAUAUCAGAAAAUGAAGCGGAUUGUCGAUGAUGAAUAACAAUGCCAUCAAAGUAGGACGUCUAUAAUCAGUCGUAUUACUCCUCCUCGUGUCUGGCAAUUCCUUCAGUUAACCUUAUUCUUGUGACAGAUAAAUACUCGAACGAACGGUGGAAAGGGCAGAUCUGAGCGGAUCGCUCCCAAAUCUGGCAAUUUUAGAUCAGGUCAGUUGAGUGACUUGAGUAGAGUCCACAGAGACCGACUCGACAGCUUGGCGUUCCCGAACAUUGGCCUGCUCAGGGUCGGCGAAAAGAAGAUUGCCAGAUAUCUCCUCCUUUUCCAUUUUGGUGCAAUCAAUUAACAAAAUCGAUUCAUCCCAUUGUUCUUGAAUAUAGGUCCAUCUCUGAUCCAAGGGGUUUCCGUCUGCCGGCUUAUCAAAUGCCGGUAGUGGUAUAUGUUGGAAGACUGGUUCGGGCUUCCCACCGAUCGGGCAACCGGGCCGGAACCGCCCGGUGUAUCAACCGGUAUUUCUAUGCGGGAGUCUGAGCAUUAUCUGCCGAUCGCAGGAUUCCAAGCUACCUUAGGACGAGAAACCCCAUGAUUACUAUCAUGGCUUUCUCGGUUAAACGGCAUGCAUGUUCAAUCGCACUACGAACCGCACACAGAGGCCAGUCGAAACGUCGAGAUCGGCACGUCACCAGCCAAGGACGAUCCCCCACCGUUCACUACGCCUCCACAAGACCCCCUCUCUGGAGUAACAAUGGCAUGUACUAUGAAGAGACGAUCCGAGAUGUUCGCUCAUGAGGACCACUCGCUCUCGCCGAAGCCGGCACUGGGCUGUGAUACUGCUGUACCGGUCUUUGCCGGAUUCAAACAUUAUUUAGAAGUGAAGUUGAGAAGUUAAAUGGACUUGUAGCGAUAAUAUUCCAACGCACUGUUCUCAUCCACGUCCCAAAAGAGAUUGGGAUUUUGUCUUCAAAUCAAAAUGUGGUUGUCGACAAAGAGUCUCGUUGCGGUAGGCUUGCUCAGCGCCUUGGGCCUGAAGCAGCGGGCCACUGCAGUUGAGUUAUCCGGCUUCACAAAGGACUUAUUCACCGAGUCCAUGGACUUCUUGGAUAAGAUCUAUGACCCUGCAGCUGGCUAUCUUUAUUUCUUCUACUACCCACUUGCGGCAGGAAAGCACGAGACACGAUCCUCAGUCUGGUACGCAACUGGUCUCCUGCAGCGUAACAUCGGCGACGAUGUGGCUCAUGCCACCAAGAUCAUCAAGAACGUAAUCCGAGAUCAGAAGAAAAUUCCCGAGGAACAAUGGUAUGGCGACUACACUGUUUAUCCAGAGGAGCCAACUGUUGGUACAGCGGCGUAUCCGAAGAGCAUUUACAAUACUUGGGACCCUAAUUGGCGAGGUUUCAUUGGCACAACUCUCAUCGUCAUUUAUGAAGAGUUCAGGCAUCUUCUUUCAAGCGACGUCCAGGAUCUCAUUCUUGAGAGCAUGUACAACAACACCAUCGGAGACAGCUACCGUGUUGGUGGAGUUGAUGACGACAACCUCUAUCCUUCUUACAGCAACCCGGCCAUCAUGCGCGCCGUUGCUACCGGAUGGACAGGUCGCGCUCUCAACGACUCAAAUAUGACAGCUGCCGGCGAACUGUACGCCCAAGAGAUCUUGGACUUAUUUGACCGAAACAACACGCUCUCUGAGUUUAACAGUCCAACGUACGCAGGCGUCAGCAUAUAUUCGCUUACACUAUGGGCCAAGUACAUGCCGUCUGACUCGUCACUGAUGGGCCAGCACGGUGCUCGCAUGAUCAAAUCCAUCUGGGACUCCAUCGGUUCCAUGUACAACGCCAAUCUCCGCAACGUCGCCGGACCAUGGGAUAGGACUUACGGCUUCGACAUGAACCAAUAUGUUGCCAUAAUCAACAUCUACAUUUGGUCUCUCGUCGGUAAAGACAGGGCCCCUGGCAUCUCACAAACCUGGAGCAUGGCGCAUGCAGACGACUUCGAAUACGCGCCGCUCAUCUCUGUUUUGGCACCUUUCCAUGAUACUCUUGUACCAUCGGACGUUGUGGAGAAGCUUAGCGUUUUCCCUGGUGAGCACAUGUAUGAGACUGCCGCUUUCUCGCCCCCUCACGAUUCCGUUCCCCGAAAUAUCACGACCUGGCUGUCGGCCAACCUCACUAUUGGAGCCGAGUCUUAUGAUGAGGAUACACUCGGUGGUCCUCGCGAAGAUCCUUCUCAAUGGUCUACUGCGGUGGUGCAGUGGGCUAGGAACGAUGGCAGCGUCGGCUAUGCCGUUCUCCAUGGCACUGAAGAGGCUUUGAAUGUGGAUGUUAGUCCUGGGCAUCUCAGCUUGUCAUACCCGCGCGGUAAUUCCACCAGCAUUUUUACAUUUCUUGUGAGCUCCAAUCCACUUGGCGGGAAGAGAGAUAUCUCUGGGUUCGACGAUCUUGAAGGUAUACAAGUUAGCGUCAGUGGCUCGGUGAAUCCACAGCCGGAAAUUGGAUUCUGUGGCCUUGUUGGCGGUACCUGUCCCAUUAUUCAUGGAUUUGAAUUCUGGAACAUUACGUUUGUGAUGCCUAGUGACUCGAGUGCAGUUCCAUCAAUCGAACUCGACAUUAAGAGUAUCAUUGGUUAAGGGUAAGUAGAGCCAUUGAAGUAGGGUUGGAAGCAUACGUUGUGUUGAAGUACAUCUACUACACUGAGACAGAAUAUGGUUUCUAAUUGUUGAUGGUAGCGAGCUAUUUGAGGACUAUUUCUUACUCGACAUUGACAUCGCUGCUAUGGAUUCUUUGUGGAUGAGUGAAACCUCCACCAAAGAAACUUCUUGUCUGGUUCCGGAUUCAUUAAAGCCCCA